AUGGACCGUCGCGAGGGCAACGGCAGCCGCAGAGGUAGGCCGACUGAGCCUUACAACCGAUACGGCAUCAAGCUGAACAUCGUUCAGAAAUCUGUGCCAGUCGUGGAGAUGGCGACCGACUCCAUCUUUCACCCGAAUGCAUCGUGGCUGUUACAGGCUGCUUCCGGCAGUAGCAGCAAGGCCGAUGGACUCUACGAGUAUUACCAGGACAGAGAGGUGGCGUCGGCAUGUUCCAGGGAGCUCCGUCUCUCCAAGGAUGAGAUGAGCAUUUGCCGAUUGAAGGGCCGCCCAGACAUUCUGGUCGUCGGAACAAACGGCAAGCGAUCAGUAAUGAUGGCCUUGUCGAUCCUGCUUGCCUUGCGAGACAAGCAAGCGGCCCACAACCUGGAGUGUGACAUUAAGGACCUGGAUGAGAGCUUGUCCGAACCACUGGCGGAUGUUCUUCAGGGAGCUUACGAGAGAUGCGAGGACGAGGCAAUCUCCCGGAAUGCCCGUGGCGAGAGCGAAGGCAGAGGCGACGACCGGUCGGCCAGCAAACGCAAAGCCUAUGAGGGAUACACCGAUGCAUCCUCUCCAAGUCGGAGGAGAGUACGUGCCGACCCUGACAGCCAGGCAACUUCGCGGUCGCAAUCCAGACAGAGGCACGUCGUGUCUGACGACGGCUAUGAGGGCGGCUGGGGAAGUGGCAGAGGCAGCCAGGACAGGAAAGACUGGUCCGACUGGGGCUGGCAGGACUGGAGCAGUAUGGGCUGGGACUAUAACUACAGAGGUGGUGGUGGCGGUCGUUACGACGACAGCUACGACUACGGCAAGCCGAAGAAGCCAGGCGGCGUUUACGAAGGUCACGGUGUGAAGAUGAACAUCGUCAACAGUAACGUUCCAGUUGUUGAGCUGGCGACCCACUCGAUCUUCCAUGGCAACGCCUCGUGGCUCUUGCAGGCAGCCACCGGAAGCUGCGGCAAAGCCGAUGGGCUCUACGAGUAUUGCCAGGACAAGGAGGUCACCUCCAUUUGCGUCCGAGAUCUCCGAAUAGCUCGUGAUGAGAUUAGCAUUUGCCGCCUGAAAGAUCGACCAGACAUAAUGGCGGUGGGAACCAAUGGCAAGCGCUCAGUCAUGUUUGCGUUGUGCAUCAUGCUCGCUUUGCUGGACACGAAAGCAGCCAAUGCCCUUGAGCGAGACAUCCGCGACACGGAUGCCAGCCUCUCCGAGCCGCUGGCAGAAGUGCUUGCAGAAGCCUUCGAAAGAAGCGAGGAUCCCAGAAUACUGAACAACGCCCGGGGGGGCGGAGGACGAGGAGGAUCUUGGAAUGGCGGAGGCGGAGCUGGGUCAUGGAACAAUUCCUACAAGGCAACGUAUCGGGAAGCGUCCCCGACGCCUCCCCCCCGAAGGCCACGCGGUGGUCGCGGGCGAAAGGCUCGCGGUGCGAGCCCAGGCCCCAGGAGGCAGGUGGUGCCAGAUGUCGACGAUCUGGACCAACAGCUGGAGGCAUUCAUGGCACCCGACCCGUCGCGCGGACGGGACUAA